AACUACAUUGCCUGUUCCUUGGUGCUUACCCUGGUGAAGAACAGACGCUGUGCUCGCUGCAGAGUACUAACGUGGGGUUUAAACCAGUUUUAUAAAACAUAUUUUCAUAGGUUUAGAUAAGGUGAUAGUUUCGGAAGUUAUUGGAACAUAUGCCACCUUACACUUUCAGAAAUUUCUAUCUGUUUUGAAGUUAUAUGACUGCAACAACAACCUUGUGUAACUCGCGAGAAAUUGCUAUUUUGUCGAGUAAAGUACUUUUUCUGUAGUUACUUAAAACCUUUCAUCAGCCGCAGUAGCUCAAGCUAUCGCUUUGCUUUUACCAACAAUGAGCAGCAGGCCCAGGGAUUCAUUUGCAUUUUUCCUGAUGCUGACAGCAUGAAGGAAGAAAGUCGAAGUGUGUCCCCUCACUGCCCCAAACCAGAUGAGUCUGAGGAGCCGCUGGGCACAGCCAUGGAGACUGGAGCUGCAGAGGGUGUGAAAUCUGAGAAGUCUGAAGUGGUCAUCACUAAAGAAAUGGAGGAGGAAGAGAAGCAGCUGAUGGAGGAAGGAGAAAGGAAGGAAAAGGAGAUGAUGGAAAAGGCUCGGGAGUCAUGGCAGAGGGAUUCUCAUAACAUGCGGUUCAAGAGACUGCAGCAUUUGCUUCAGAAGAGCAACAUCUACUCUAAAUUCCUACUGACUAAAAUGGAGCAACAACAGAAUGAGGAGAAACUCAGGAAGGAGAAACUUGAAAAAAAGGCCAAGAAGAACACAAAUGUUGGAGAGCCUGAGAAAGAUAAAAAGAAGAGGAGCAGGGACGAAGACUAUAAAAUAGCAGAUGUCAUGUCAAAAGAGGAAAUAAUGUCACAAGCUAAGAAAGCCAAAGUGGAGGAAGCGGAUGAAACACUGACCCACAAAAAACUAGAAGCUGAGGAUAUUGAGAAGAUGAGUGAUUCCAACCAAGACAUCAAGAACCGCCUAUCGGAGACAGUGCGAGACAAUGCCAAGCAUCUCCUGCAUCCUCACAGGAAGGUGAAUGGCCAGCCAGUCCCCGCCCAGCAGCCACAGCUCUUCACGGGAGGCGUGAUGCGGUGGUAUCAGAUCGAAGGCAUUGAGUGGCUGAGGAUGCUGUGGGAGAAUGGCAUCAAUGGUAUCCUGGCUGAUGAGAUGGGACUGGGAAAAACCAUCCAGUGCAUUGCCCACAUCGCCAUGAUGAUAGAAAAGAAAGUAAUGGGCCCCUUCCUGGUGGUGGCUCCCCUCUCUACUUUGCCCAACUGGAUCAAUGAGUUCAAGCGCUUCACACCAGAGGUGUCUGUGCUGCUCUACCAUGGCCCCCAGGCAGAGAGGGCCAAGCUCCUGAAGCAGAUCCGCAGACCUCAGGGGCCCCUCAGCAUGUGUCCUGUGGUCGUCACCUCCUUUGAGAUCUCCAUGAUUGACAGAAAAUUUCUCCAGCGCUUCCAGUGGAAGUACCUGAUAGUGGACGAAGGACACAGGAUCAAAAACCUCAACUGUCGGCUGGUGCGGGAGCUGAAGAUUCUGCCCACUGACAACAAGCUGUUGCUGACAGGCACUCCUCUGCAGAACAACUUGGCUGAGCUCUGGUCCCUCCUCAACUUCCUCCUGCCAGAGGUCUUUGAUGACCUCAAGAGCUUUGAGUCGUGGUUUGACAUUGACUCCCUCGGUGAGGCGGAGAAUGUGGUGGCUGCUGAGCGCGAGCAGAACAUCCUGAGCAUGUUACACCAGAUUCUGACUCCAUUCCUGCUGAGGAGGCUGAAGUCAGAUGUGACGCUGGAGGUUCCUCCUAAGAAGGAGAUCGUCGUUUAUGCUCCUCUGACAGCCAAACAGGAAGUCUUUUACACUGCUGUGGUCAACAAAACCAUUGCCAAGAUGCUGGGCCAGGAAAAGACGGAAGCUCCUGUAGUUUUGACAUCGAGUGGCAGGCCAAAGCGUCGCAGUCGAAAGGUGGUGAACUACAAAGAAACGGAUGGAGACACACCAUAUGACCUGGAGAAAUAUCUGGAGACUGUCCGUAAAGAGUUUGAGCAGCAGAGUUCCCCUCUGGUGCUGGAUGUACAAAGCCCGCUCAACGCCCAAAUCAACCUCAAGCUGCAGAACAUUCUCAUGUUGCUAAAAAGAUGCUGCAACCACCCCUACCUGGUGGAGUACCCCCUCGACCCUGCCACGCAAGAUUUCAAGAUUGAUGAAGAGUUGGUGCAGAGCUCUGGGAAGUUCCUUAUACUGGACAGGCUGCUGCCUGCACUGAAGAAAAGGGGACAUAAGGUCCUGAUCUUCAGUCAGAUGACGUCCAUCUUGGAUCUUUUGAUGGAUUACUGCUAUCUGCGGGGCUUCCAGUACAGCCGACUGGAUGGCAGCAUGUCAUAUGCAGACAGAGAGGAAAACAUGACCAAGUUUUCCAAAGAUCCAGAGGUGUUCCUUUUCCUGCUCAGCACCAGGGCAGGAGGACUUGGAAUCAAUCUCACAGCUGCUGACACUGCCAUCAUCUUCGACAGUGACUGGAACCCCCAGGCAGACCUGCAGGCUCAGGACCGCUGUCACCGCAUUGGGCAGACCAAACCAGUGGUCGUGUACCGCCUGGUCACAGCCAACACUAUUGACCAAAAGAUCCUGGAGAGGGCCUCGGCCAAGAGGAAGCUGGAGCAGAUGGUCAUCCACAAGAAUAAGUUCAAAGGAGGAAAGGCAGAGCUGAACCAAAGUAAAAGCUGCAUUGAUCUAGAUGAGCUGAUGGAGCUGCUCAAAGCCAGAGGCGCUGAGAAGGAAAUGAAAGCAUCAAGGGGGAAGGUGAUCAGCGACAAGGACCUGGAGGUUUUGCUGGAUCGCAGUGACUUGCUGGACAAAGACAAAGAGAGCAAGAAGAAAGAGAAGGUGGGAGUCUUCAGAGUGAUCGAUGCCAAAGAGUCAGAGAUCACAUUGACCUGAGACUGCUUGAAAUCUUCACAUUUAAACUUUUGACCACAUUCCUCCUGCUGCAACUAGAUAGCUCAAAACUGCUGUCACUUGUAGUAGAACUGAAACUUAAAGAAAAUAUCCUAAAACUGCUGUUUGUAGACUUUGAAUAGUGUAUUUUUUUUUGUCUUAUACUUCCUUAACUGCCUUGAUAGUCGUGCCUGAGCUUUUUUUGUUGUACUGUUUUUGUGCUGAACAUUGUUGGUAUUGUUCCACUGUACCCUUUUUACAACAUUUUGGCUGUCAUUGUGGCUUUUGAAAUCCAUCGGGAUCAUUUUCAGUUGCUGAUCAUUUUAAUGAUCAUUUUGAAGAAAAAGAAAAACAUAUUCAGGUUGCUCAUAUUUGUCUGUUCUCUCCCUGACAGUGGCAUUAAGACUAUCAUCAGGGACUAGAGGUUUCCAGUGAAGCUCAGAGUUAAUUCCACACAUUGUUUUUGUAGGGAGAGAAGUCAUCUUCUGCUUUCACACAAACGUGGUCUAUGCAUCUGUUUAACAGCGGUUCAACAGUCCUCUUGAUUGUUAUUUGGUCAGUCAAAGCAGAAUAACAAUGUUGUAAUCAAAGCACUUUCAUGCAAGUGAAGCAUGUUCUUUCAUGUCUUUUUAUAUAAAUAAAAUAUGAUUUGAUA